AAAUUAAACAACAAUGGGACGGUACUCGCGGGAGCCAGAGAAUGCCACAAAAUCGUGCAAGGCGCGUGGACCAAAUCUACGUGUGCACUUCAAGAACACCCAUGAAACCGCCCAGGCUAUCAAACGCAUGCCUCUGCGACGUGCUCAACGCUUUUUGAAAUCGGUCAUCGAACAGAAAGAGUGCGUUCCAUUCCGUCGCUUCAACGGUGGUGUUGGUCGUUGCGCACAAGCCAAACAGUGGAAAACCACCCAAGGUCGCUGGCCAAAGAAAUCAGCUGAAUUCCUUUUGCAACUUCUGCGUAACGCUGAAGCCAACGCGGACUGUAAAGGUCUUGAUGUCGACCGUCUGAUAAUCGAUCAUAUUCAAGUGAAUCGUGCACAAUGUCUGCGUCGUCGCACAUACCGUGCUCAUGGCCGCAUCAACCCCUACAUGUCAUCGCCAUGCCACGUUGAGGUAAUCCUCACUGAAAAGGAAGCGGUCGUGUCUAAGGCUUCUGAAAACGAGCCUGCCAAAAAGAAGCUGUCGAAAAAGAAGUUGCAGCGACAAAAGGAGAAGAUGAUGCGUUCAGAAUAGAUGUAAUCUAAGUCGAUAAGGGAGUGAAUAAGAAGAGGACAGCAAUUAAUUUGAUUUUGUAUAAGCAAGCGGUAAUAGCAGAACAAGUUUGAUAAAUACUGUAUCAAAAAAUUGUUCAAUAAAUCAGUUGAACGCUGUUUUUUUUUAAAUAAA